GAUUGAUUGAUUUGAUUGUUAUUGAAUAGAAAAGUGAGGUUAAUUCUUGUGAAAAUAAAAAUAUAAUUAUUUAUGCCGAUACACAAAAAAGUAUUGUUUGAAUGAUUUUAUAAUUGGUUACCCAAAAUGACUGAGCGUGACUACGCUCCGUUAAGUGGAGCCUGUGUCCGCGGGUUGUGCGAUAAAUUAUAUGACAAAAGAAAGUUUGCAGGUGUCGAAGUUGAAAAAAUGGUAAAAGAUUUCAGCGAUGCCAACAACACAAAUCAAAUCAAACGUCUGUUACGUGUGCUGGGGCAGGACCUCAUGUCCUCCACAAACCCCAAUGUGAAGAAUGGAGCCCUGAUGGGCCUGUCUUCUGUAGCUGUAGGCUUGGGAAAGGGAUGCGAUUUGUAUAUUGGAGAAUUAAUACAUCCCAUCAUUGCCUGCCUCGGUGAGAGCGAGGCGCGCGUCCGAUACGGAGCUACUGAGGCACUGUUCAAUGUGCUGAAGGUGGCUCGCAGCGCCACCGUCACAUACUUCCCGCUGGUGUUUGAUGCUCUCGCCAGGCUCGCAGCCGACCCGGAGCUGCAAGUUCGGAAUGGUGCUGAAGUGUUAGAUAGACUUGUUAAGGACAUCGUGACGGAGAGCGCGGAGCUGGAGUUGGCCGCCAUCGUGCCACUGGUGCGCGAGCGCAUGUACACGCGCAGCGCGGCGUCGCGCCAGUUCGCCGUGGCGUGGGUGUCGGCGCUGGACGCCGCGCCCGCGUUGGGCCUGCGCCGACACCUGCCCGACCUGCUGGACGGGCUCUUCACCGUGCUGGACGACCCCAACCCCGAGAUACGGCGCAUGUGCGACGUGCAGCUGAACGAGUUCCUGCGCAGCAUCAGGAAGGAGCCGGCGGAGGUGGACUUCCAGGCCAUGAUCAACAUCCUCAUCACACACGCGCAGUCUACCGAGGAACUGCUGCAGCUGACGGCAGUGACGUGGCUGAAGGAGUUCGCGGCGCUGAGCGGCGCGCGCGUGCUGCCCUUCGCCUCGGGCGUGCUGCUGGCCGCGCUGCCGUGCCUGGCCUACACCGACGAGCCCAGGAAGAUUACUACAUACAAAUCAGAGAUUAGAGAAACGGCGGCAACUGUUAACCUACAGCUAACGAAGCUAGUGUCAGAAAUGUCUGAAUCCCGCGCGUCAUCCGAAGACCCCCAUACAAAAGGAGCGCCAGAAGAAAGCUCUACGGAAGGAGCCCCCGCAGAGAGCCCGCCUACGAAAGAAGCCCCAAAAGAAAGUCCCCCUAGCAAAGGUGCCCCUUCGCAAGAGCCGGCGGCGGAAGCGUCCGCAGACGAGAGCCCCCCGCGACUCAAUCUGGAGGCCGUGGUGGGCGUGCUGACCCAGAUGCUGCACCACAGCUCCGUGCACACUAAAGUCGCAGCCUUGGACUGGAUCCUGCACUUGUACAACAAGUUGCCUUCUCAGAUGUACCAGCAGACGGAGCUGGUGUUCGUGAGCGUGGUGGGCUGCCUCACGGACGCGGCGGACGACGUGGUGCGGCGCGCGCUGGCCGUGCUGGCGGAGAUCUGCUCGUGCCCCAGCGCGGGCGCGGACGGCGUGGACCUGGAGUCGAGCCCUUACUACCACAAGUUCCUGAAGGCCCUGCUGCGACUGCUGGCUGCCGACGAGAGCCUGCUGGAGGACCGCGGCGCCUUCAUCAUACGGCAGCUGUGCGUGCUGGUGGGCGCGGAGGCGGUGUACCGCGGCGUGGCGCGCGCGGUGAGCGGCGAGCGCGAGCUGCGGUUCGCCGCGCGGCUGGUGGACGUGCUGGCCACGCUGCUGCUGACGGCGGCCGAGCUGCACCACCUGCGGCUGCGGCUGCGCGCCUUCGACGACCCCGCGACAGUGUCGCUGUUCCGCACGCUGUACGCGAGCUGGUGCCACAGCCCGGUGGCGCUGCUGGCGCUGUGUCUGCUCACGCACAACUACCGCCACUGCGCCGCGCUCAUCGCCACAUUCGGUGACCUGGAAAUAACGGUGGAUUUUUUGACUGAAAUUGACAAAUUGGUGCAACUGAUCGAGUCACCAGUGUUUGCAUACAUGCGGCUGGAGCUCCUGGGCGGGCCGGGCAGCGCGGAGCUGCGCGCGGCGCUGUUCGGCCUGCUGAUGCUGCUGCCGCAGAGCGAGGCGUUCCACGCGCUGCGCCGCCGCCUGCACUGCGCGCCGCCACCCCCGCGCGCCGACACGCCGCAGCACAGGGAGGAGCACGCCGACAUCGACUUCCCGGCGCUGCUGGAGGAGUUCACGCGCGUGCAGGCCGCGCACCGCGAGUACAAGACGCUGGAGCGCCGCCUCAGCCGCGCCAAGCUCUUCGACCGCGCCUACUCCUAGCCGCCGCCGCCGCCCGCCGCGCCGCCCCAGCCUGCCUUAUUGAAUACGGAAGUUAGCUUGUAAACCAACAGAUCUGUUUUCCAACAGUUAAUAAACAUAAAUAGUGUAAAAGUUGAUCUCUGUCGCACGCUCUUUAAUAUAAACUAUCCUUCGUGAGUAUAAAAUAAUAUAAAGCGAUGAGACGAUACUGAUAACGAGAUAAUACUGCUGGGUUCAGUAUAAUCUGCCUUCUCAACUAAUAGUAGAAUCAUUACAAACUGAUAAAAUAAGUACUUGUUAACUUAACCUACUUAAGAAAAAGUUGAUUUGAUAUUAAAUUACUUACUUCUCGAACGCGUACACGGACGUUCAAUAGUUGUCGGGGCCUGCGUGUAUCGCGAUUCACAUUUCAGUAGUAAACAUUACAAGUUCUAGUGCUCUAAUUUCAUAGCGCAAUAAAUGAGGUACUGAAUAACAAUAGAUAGUUUUCUUUUACAUAUUUUGCUACUUUUGCUAUAACUACAAAUCAGGGUAAUAUCAAGGUAAAUCAUUUAAUCAGAUUAAACUUUAUAUUAUCGAUUUUCUAAAAAACUAAAUGAAAUUUUCCCUAAAAACUAUUACAUACUUAAAGGCAAAAACUCCAUCUUAUUCAGAUGAGCUUUAUUAUUCUAUUCCAGUUUUUGAGAAAAUUGUAAAGAUACUGAUAUACAUGAUAACAUGAGGUUCUAAUAACAAAAUUUGUUUUUACCUGUUAAAAAUUAAAAAAAGAUCUCGUUCGGGGCGCGCAAGUCAAUCUAAUAUUAUACAGCAGGUUGAGUAUUGAGUGCACAGUUGGAGGCCCACAUUCUGUUUACAGUUAUGUACUCAGAUAAGCAUGCAGCUCAAGAGGUUAGAGGACCCUAUCCUCAUAAUAAUAAUAAUAGGCUAGAUGACACUGUUUUCAAAAGUUCUUAAAUUGUUCUACUACAUUUAAAAAAAAUCAUAUUAGUUUGAGACAUCAAUACAUAAAAAUAUUUUUUUUUAAAUAUUUUUUGACAAUACGAGCCAAAACGCUGUAGGCCAUGAUGGUCUGUCUAUAUUUUAACAGUUUCAUGACGUCACGUAAACACUAAAUCCCCAAACGGAGUGUUUGACAAAAUUUUUAGUUAAUAAUUAGUUUGACGUUUAUUACUCUAUUGACAUCAAGUAACGUCGUGACGUCACAAAAUGGACGACAGCGUGUUUGACGUUUGGAAAAAGUUUGUUAUGAAAUCCCUAACUUUUAAGUAUAAUUUGAUAUCGAUAUAUUUCGGACACUUAUUUUAAAUUACGAAAUUAUUAUUGUUUAUAUUAAAUUUGACACGAGUCAACUACCCUAUUGUUAAAUUGUCGUCUAUGAUAUAGUUUAUAUAAUUUUACUAUUGAUUUAAUUGUAAAUGUAUAAGUAUAAUAAGUAAGCACACUGGGGUUAGUCGAACUGGCCGCGACACAGACAUACACCAUAACAAUGUUGAGUUGUGGCUAGUUUGAUGGCACCCAUUGCUGAACUGUACCUAAGCUAUUUUAAAUAGUUUUAUUACAGAAAACAGUGUAAAUAGAUUGUAAGAUGUUAUUUUGUAAUUAAUAAAUUAUUAUUUGCGCAUUCCA